AGUCUAAACCCUAAGGUCUUUAGGUUACGUACAUCGUCGACAUUCUACAACAUUCUACAAUAACAAACUGGACAGUUGUCAGUUGCAUGUCAGUGGAAUAACAAUUACACAAAAAAACCACAAAUUAUUAUAAUUAAUAUAAUAUAAACUAUAGUUAAAUAAAUAAAUUUUUAAAAAAUGACUGAAGAAAAAUCUGUCAGUAAAGAAUACAAACUUGAUCCAGAUUGUGAAUUACGUUUUGAGAUUGAGAGUAAAAAUGAAAAGACUGUUGUAGAACUAAAAGCUGGACAAGCCGAGGUUUUUGGUACAGAAUUAGUAAAAGGUAAAAAAUAUGAAUUUGGAUCUGGUGCUAAAAUAGCUGUAUAUUCAUGGCAAGGUUGUACACUUGAUUUAAUUGGUAAACCAGAUGUUAUAUAUAUUGCAAAAGAAACACCAAUGAGUAUAUAUUUAAAUGUACAUGCAGCAAUGGAAAGAAUGCGUGAAGCUGCUGAAAAAUCAAAUGAUGUUAAGGGUCCAAUAACAAUGGUUGUUGGUCCAAAUGAUGUUGGUAAAUCAACAUUAAGUAGAAUAUUAUUAAAUUAUGCUGUACGAAUUGGACGACGUCCAAUAUUUGUUGAUCUUGAUGUUGGACAAGGACAAAUAGCAAUACCAGGAACAAUGAGUGCAUUACUUGUUGAAAGACCAUCAAAUAUUGUUGAAGGUUUUAGUCAACAAGCACCACUUGUAUUUCAUUAUGGUCAAAAAACACCAAGUGCAAAUACAACAUUAUAUAAUUUACUUGUAUCACGUUUAGCUGAAGUAUGUUCUGAACGUUUACAAGGUAAUAAAAAAGCACGUGCAUCUGGUAUUAUUAUAAAUACAUGUGGUUGGAUAAAUGGUGAAGGUUAUAAAUUAUUAACACAUGCUGCACAAGCACUUGAAGUUGAUGCAAUACUUGUACUUGAUCAAGAAAGAUUAUAUAAUGAACUUGUUAGAGAUAUGCCAGAAUUUGUUAAAGUUGUAUUUUUACCAAAAAGUGGUGGUGUUGUAUCAAGAAGUCAACAAUUUAGAAUUGAAUCAAGAGAUCAAAAAGUUAGAGAAUAUUUUUAUGGUAUUAAAACACCAUUAUAUCCACAUAAUAUUGAUAUUAAAUGGUCUGAUGCUAAAAUAUAUAAAAUUGGUGCACCUGUAUUACCAGCAUCAUGUAUGCCACUUGGUAUGAAAGCUGAAGAUAAUUUAACAAAACUUGUUGCUGUUACACCAGGACCAAAUUUAUUACAUCAUUUAUUAUCAGUAUCAUUUGCUGAUUCACCAGAGGAUGAUGUUGUCCAAACAAAUGUUGCUGGAUUUGUAUGCGUGACCAAAGUUGAUGUUGAUAAGCAAACAAUAACUGUUUUAAGUCCACAACCAAAAUUAUUACCCAACUCAGUUUUACUUUUAUCGGAUAUCCAAUUUAUGGAUAGCAAUUGAUGAUUAAUUUUUAAUUUUUAAUUUUAUUUUUAAAAAUCAUUGUAUAUAUUAUUGUAAUUUUUAAUUAUUGUAUUUUACUGAAAAAUAUAUUUUUUGCUUUUUUUAUCUCAAA